AUGACAUCUCAAGCUUUUGAAGAAGGCAGCAAAAAGAGUGGUGCCCUGGAAAGCAAGACGAGUGCAACACACGGCACUGAGCUGAGAAUGUGGCUGGGGAUCACAGUUCUGAUGUCUCUUGCUGUGUGCAUGGCUGUGGAGGAAGCAACUGAUGAAGAAAUACCUUGUUCAAAGUACCAGCAAGCUUUCAACCAUUCAUGCUACGAGUUUGUUAGACUCCAGCAAACCUUCACAAGUGCCCAGAGCUGGUGUGAGAGAGGAGGAGGGCAUCUUGUCUUUAUUCAAAAUGAAGACACUCAAGAGUUCUUGCAAAAACAUAUUGCUGAGGAUCAGGAAUGGUGGAUAGGACUGAUCUCAAACUCCUUGCUGAAUGAAACUGCUGAUGGAUCAAUAACUUGGCUGGACACUUCAAAUAUAAGCUACAGUAACUGGUACAAGGAUCAGCCAUCUCCCUUCUCAUCCACAUGUGGGUACAUCCUGAAGAAUGCCAAGUAUCAGUGGGGUGUGACUGAAAAUUGCAGCCAAGAAUUUGACUUCAUUUGUGAGUUCGAAUCUGGCCAGAGCAUUGCUUGUGAUAAUUACAAUGCCACUGUACAGUGUGGAUCAGGAGAAGUUAUUCAAAUUGAAGAGAGCUUCUACGGGAGGAAGACCCCUCACUACUGUGUGUCAGAGACUCCUCUCCAGCUGGAAACAGAUGAAGGCUGCAGCUGGAUCAGUGUCAAGGAUGAAGUAGCAGGCCAGUGUCACGGUCUGCAGGCUUGCCAGGUGGCAGCAGAUGGCACUUUCUUUGGAGAUCCUUGUCCAGCUUUGGGAAGCUAUUUGUCUGUUCAAUAUCACUGCAAGGAAGGUCUGCAGCUGGUUAUGACAGACACAUGUUUUGUGUUUGAAAAUAUCACGCUCACUUUGAACUGGCUGCUCUCACCAUACUCUGGGAAUCUUUCCUGUACCAUUAGCACUGGAGAUGGUCACACUAUUGAUCCUUACUACCCUCUAACACUGGUCAGCAACCUCACAUACACGUACUCCUCUCCUGGGGAGUUCACUGUUUUUGUGGAGUGCACCACCAGUGAGUGGCAUGUGAUGGCCCAGAGGCAGGUGACCGUUCAGGAUGGGGUGGAUCAGCUCAGCAUUACUGGGUGCUUCAGCCGGUGUGAAACAGGGAACAGCUCCCACUGCCGUACGCUCUAUGGGGAGGUGUUGUGGAUCCAAGUUCAGCUCACUGGAGGCAAUGGAGUAACCUACAGCGUGUUAGCAGAUAACAUGACACUGACUGAAUCCAGUGUAAAGGAAGGUCUUGUUCCCCAUAACCUGACACUCAACAGUGCCUCUCAGGAGCUGAUAGGCCCAGGGAUACAUCAGCUGGAAAUCCGAGCAUCCAGGAACACGAAGGCUUCGGAGAUCUCCGAGAGAAUUGCUGUCCAUUUAAUUGAGCCAGUAUCUGGAAUUCAGGCUGCUGUAGCUUCCCACACUCUGCAGCUGGGGGAGGAUUUGGAGGUGAAUGUCUCUGUGUCCCACGGUGCCCCAGAGAAGCUGAUGUUUGAGGUGACUGGAGCCAACCAAACCCACUGCCACAAAGCAGAUGGCCCUCGCGGGGAGCCGCGGAUGUACAGCGUUCCUGUGCCCUCGGAAGGGACUUUUCUAGUGAAAGUCGUGGCCAUGAAUGCCUUCUCAAACAUGAGUCUGGAUCUUGGAUUCAUCACUGUGUUGGCAAACAGUUCCCAUAAAAAAGAUUCUGCUAAGGAAGAAGGCAGCUACAAAACAAAUACUCAAAAGAAAAAUGAUCACAGAAUAUAUAUUAAACCGAGUCGCCAUGUGGAUCCUUUCACAACUGUUACACUUGGCUGGCCAGACAACAGCAGUAAUUCCAGUUUUCUCUGGACCUGUGGAGCUUGCUGGCCUGCCUGGAAUGAAUGUGUGAAGCAACAGAUAAUCCUAAUCAACCAAAGUGAGGUGCAAAUCCCACCUUCCUGCCUUCCUCCUCCCAAAUCAGCAGUGACUGUCAGGAUUACCGUCCGAAACCAUGGCAGUGAAGAGGGGCAGGAUGAGCAAUGUCUCUAUGUGACUGCAAAACAACAACUGCAACUGGAAAUCAGGUGUGAGGCAAACUGCAAGCCAGUGAAUGUUAGUGAUGAAGUUGUUUUGAGUGUCUCUGGACAGGAGGACUCCCAGGCCAUACAUUAUAACUGGUAUUUAGAUAACACAUUCCAAAAGAAGUCCACAACCCUCCCUCCGGCCUGUGGCCUGACUGGUUUCCAGCAGAACUCUUUGAAUUUGCUUCAAAGCAACACGUCUGUGUUAAGAAUGACCAGCUCCUUCUUGCAGACACAGGGAGAAGCUUUUCAGAUUAAACUCUUUUCCUCUCACGGUUUAUUGAGGGGCAGACAGCCCCGUGGCUCGGUGGGCGAUGCCGGGGCACGGUCGUGGCUGAGCCCGCUCCCUCCGCUCGCAGCCAGGACUCCGCGGGGUUACGGGGAGGGCUCGUUCCAGGUGAGCGCCGUGGCCCCGCCCGAAGCCCCGGUCUGUGCCCUGAGUCCCGGGCACGGCUCGGUGCUCACCGCAUUCCGAGUCUCCUGCAGCGCUCCCGGCUCCCAGGGCUCGGGCCAGCCCCGUCCGAGCAGGCAGCUCACAUAUUGCUUCUAUGUGACACCAGAUUCUCUCCUGGAUUGUAGCCCAGAUCCUGAACUCUUCCCAGUUUAUCUUCCACUUGGAGAAAAGGAAAAUGAUUUUAUUUUAUAUGUGACAAUUAUUGUUAGCAACAAUUUUGGUGAUACAGCUCAAACAAAUGCUUCAGUGAAGGUUGGACCUGCAGAUAUGAUGGAUGGGAACCUGACCCUGCAGGCUGUGAUAUCUGAGAAGGCAAACACCAUCCUAAAAGAUGGCAACAACAGCAUGAGUCUUUUCCAGCUCUACAAGUCAGUGACAUCUGUCCUUAAUCAGCAGAUCCAAGAGGAAAGUUUUAACAUGUCUUUACAGAAAACUACACGAAAAGAGCUCCGAGGGCUGAUGCUGACAACUCUCUCUGUUGUUAACAUAACAUCAAUGCAGACUGCUCUGAAGAUGUCAGAGGUACUGAAAGAAAUCACUUAUAGGAGUGAAGAGCUGUCUGUCUCAGCACAGGUGGAAGCCAGCAACACUCUGAAACAUGUCAGUGCCUCCUUGCUUGCUGUAAACACAGAGCACAGCAGAGAUGGUGAGGAGUUAAAGGAAGCAGCCAACUAUCUGUUUAAUGCAGUGAGCAAUGUUCUUAAAGCUUCUGUAGAAAUCAGAGGUGGGAACACUUCAGUGCCAGAGGCAGAACAGAGUUCAGUGUCACACCAGCUCCUGAGUACAGUUGAAAAUCUCCAGAGUGCCCUUCUGUUUGGGAAGGCACCGGGUGAUGAGCCAACAGUCCUCACCUCUCCCUCUGCUACAAUGUACAUGCACAGAUUACAAAUAGAAAACAUGGAUAGCACAUCCAUUAACAUCUCCAAUUCCAGCUCUGCCAGCUUUACUCUCCCACCUGCUUCUUCUCUCAGUGUUUCAGGAGUUGAUGGUGAAACAGUGGAUAUAAGGAUGGUGAGCUUUGCCAUGAAUCCCUUUUUCUCCAGUGACAACAGUUUUGACAUCAGUGGAACAGUGGGAGGUCUAAGUCUAACUGAUCUGGAUGGUUUGAUCAUACCAGUCAGCAACCUCGAAGAGAACAUUGAGAUCAUCUUACCACGGCUUUCAGCAGCUGAGGAAGAUAAGAUUCUGUUGAAGCUGGGCAAUUACAGCACUUUUCAAGUCAAUGUUACCUCAGAAAACACAUCUAUAGUGAUCCACCUGGAAUCUGAACAUGACAUCCCACUAAUACUUUACUUGGGGUAUGGUUAUCAUCCAAAUGAAACCAACUAUGACAUGAAAAAUCAUCUGUUCUAUAAGAAAACUUCUGGAGGUGAGAUAAACAGCUGGGUUCUCAGCCCAGAAGAACUCAUUUUUGGAGUGGGAGCCUACUAUUUCAUGGUUUUACAAGAUAUGGGAACGGAUUCAACAGUCUACAAUGGGCUAACCAUAAAUGCCACUUGCUUUGCAUCCCGCUGUGUAUUUUGGGAUGAGCACCAGGGAGGCUGGAACAGCUAUGGAUGUCAUGUAGGACCAAAAACAAAUCCUAGCAGCACACAGUGCCUCUGCAACCAUCUGACCUUCUUUGGGAGCUCCUUCUUUGUCAUACCCAAUGCCAUAGAUGUCAGCAAAACAGCACAGCUGUUUGGUACAUUCGUGGACAAUCCUGUGGUGGUGACAACUGUAGGAUGCAUCUUUCUGAUAUAUGUGCUUGUACUUAUUUGGGCUCGAAGGAAAGACAUCCAGGAUGAUGCCAAAGUGAAAAUCACAGUCCUGGAAGACAAUGACCCCUUUGCCCAGUAUCGUUACCUUGUGACAGUUUUCACAGGACACCGCCGUGGCGCAGCCACAACCUCCAAGGUGACUCUCACCCUCUAUGGACUGGAUGGAGAGAGUGAGCCCCACCAUCUAAAUGAUCCUGAUACACCAGUCUUUGAACGUGGAGGAGUGGAUGUUUUCCUCCUCUGUACCUUCUUCCCUCUUGGGGAACUGCAGAGUAUUAGAUUGUGGCAUGAUAAUUCAGGGGAUAGUCCAUCCUGGUAUGUGAAUCGAGUAUUAGUCCAUGAUCUGGCAUGGGAUCAGAAAUGGUACUUCCUCUGUAACUCUUGGCUAGCCAUUGAUAUUGGAGAAUGCAUCCUAGAUAAAGUGUUCCCAGUAGCAACAGAACAGGACCUGAAGCAGUUCAGCAAUCUGUUUUACAUGAAGACUUCCAAGGGUUUCCAGGAUGGACACAUCUGGUACUCAGUUUUCAGCCGCUCCCCACGAAGCUCCUUCACGCGAGCCCAGCGUGUGUCCUGUUGCUUCUCACUGCUCCUCUGCACCAUGCUGACCAGCAUCAUGUUCUGGGGUGUGCCAAAGGAUCCUGCUGAGCAGAAAAUGGAUUUGGGUAAGAUUGAGUUCACAUGGCAGGAAGUGAUGAUUGGCUUUGAGAGCUCCCUCCUCAUGUUCCCCAUCAACCUGCUCAUUGUCCAGAUCUUCAGGAACAUACGACCCCGGCCAGCCCAGCAGGGCAGAGAGAAGAAGCCAGGAAAGAAUGGCCGAGUAUCCCCAAGCCUGCCUCCCACCCCAGGGCCCACCCAGGCUGCCUCUCUCACUCCAGAGGCUGUGGCAAAGGACAUAAGAAGAAUUGCCAACUCACUUUUUAAAGCCCUGAAGACUCCAUCGCUCAUCUCAGUGCCAGACCUUGAAAAAUCAACUAAUAUCAACACACUCCUGUCAUUGGUUGAGGACAUCAUCUUUCAGCAGAACAGAGCUGAGCAAGGGUUUUAUGAUGAGAGCAAGAAUGAUGACCCUAUAACUGUCACAUUGGGUGCUAUGGAUAUCCAAGAAAAAACAAGAAGUCCAACUCCAGAGAACAGAAUUUGUGGCCAGCUGAAAUACAGUGAUUACUAUCGCUGCUUGUACAUGCAACUCCACCAUGUGGAGAUGGAACUGGAAUUACUGGGGGCCCAUAAAUUUCAGAUGCCUCAGAGUUAUACACAAGCUGUUUGUCAGGUUCAGCAUAUGAAGAACCUCCUAGAGAACCAAAUCUGCUCAUCAGCGUGGUCCCACACUCCCAACUUGUCCAGUGAUGACAAGAAAAGUUCUUCUCCCAGAGGGCUGCCCUGGUGGUUUGUGUUCAUUGCUUGGUUCCUUGUGGCAGCCACCAGUGGUGUGUCUGGGUUUUUCACCAUGCUCUAUGGACUCCAUUAUGGCAAAGAGAACUCCAUCAAGUGGCUCAUCUCCAUGGUCAUCUCCUUCUUGGAAAGUCUUUUCAUCACACAGCCUUUAAAGGUGCUGGGAUUUGCUGCUUUUUUUGCUCUGGUUCUGAAGAAGGUGGAACAUGAGGAUGAAGAAAACACAGCUAUUGAUGGACCUUUAUCUGGUUCACUGCUCUCCCCCACAGGUGAUUCACACCCUCUCUUUGGGGUCAGAAGGGACAGUAGAAGCAAUAUUUACCGGCCACCUCCUGCUGCUGAUGUGGAGAAAAUGAAAAUCAGCUGCAUGAAGGAGCAGAAAGCAUUUGCCCUCAUCAGAGAAAUCCUGGCCUAUCUGGGAUUUUUAUGGAUGCUGUUGCUGGUUGCCUAUGGGCAGAGAGAUCCCAAUUCCUACUAUUUAAACAAACACAUUAAGCACAGCUUUACAGAUGGAUUCCAGGAUGUCUACAGUUACCAGGAUUUUUUCACCUGGGCGAACACUACUUUACUCAAAAAUCUUUAUGGAUCAUAUAAAGGAUUCAUUACAGAUGGCAAUUCCAAGCUGGUGGGUAGUGCUCGAAUUCGCCAAGUAAGAGUGAAAGGAGACACCUGCCCUAUUUCUCCCAGACUCCAGCACGUAGUUGAGGAAUGCCAUGCUCCAUACUCCCUACAAACAGAGGAUACAUCAGUUUAUGGGGAGCACUGGAAUACCUCAGUCUUUGAUAACUCCUCUGACUUGAGCUCAGCAUGGCGGUAUCAGAGUCAGUCCAAACUCAGAGGAUACCCAAGCUGGGGUAAAUUUGCCAUCUACAGUGGAGGGGGAUAUGUGAUUCACCUGGGAACAGACCCUAAAAAUGCCUCCAGAAUUCUCCAGUACCUUUUCAACAACGUCUGGCUUGACAUCUUCACCAGAGCAGUGUUUGUUGAAUUUACAGUCUACAAUGCCAACGUGAACCUCUUCUGCAUUAUAAGCCUGAUGUUUGAAAGCAAUGCUUUAGGUGCUUUCUUCACAAGUGCAGAGCUGCAAAGUGUCCGGCUCUACCCCUACACCAACAGCCUCCACAUCUUUGUGGUUGCAGCAGAAGUCAUUUAUUUCCUCUUCAUUGUGUACUACAUGACAGUACAGGGAAAGCUCCUGAAGAGUCUGAGAUGGAGAUACUUCCAUAGCAAGUGGAAUCUCCUGGAGAUGGCCAUUAUAUUGAUUAGCUGGAGUGCUCUGUCAGUGUUUGUGAAACGGACAGUCCUUGGGACCCGGGACAUCAGCUACUACCAGGAACACAAGGAGGACUCCAUAAGCUUCAGUGAAACAGCGAGAGCUGAUGCAGUUCUUGGCUACCUGAUUGCAUUCCUGGUGCUUCUCUCCACAGUGAAACUGUGGCAUCUGCUGAGGCUCAACCCUAAACUGAACAUGAUCACUUCAACACUAAGGAGGGCAUGGGGUGAUAUCUCAGGAUUCAUCACUGUUAUUGCAAUCAUGUUCCUUGCUUACUCCAUUGCUGCAAACCUGAUAUUUGGCUGGAAGCUCUACUCUUACAAAACUCUCUUUGAUUCGGCAGAGACCAUGGUCAGUCUUCAGCUGGGAAUCUUCAACUAUGAGGAGGUCUUGGACUACAAUCCAAUUUUAGGCUCCUUCUUAAUUGGAUCCUGCAUCAUUUUUAUGACAUUUGUGGUACUGAAUCUGUUCGUUUCAGUGAUUCUGGUUGCUUUUAGUGAGGAGCAGAAGCAUUACCAGGCUUCAGAAGAAGAGGAGAUUGUUGAUCUAAUGCUAAUGAAACUCUUCAGUUUCUUCGGGAUAAAAUGCAAGAAGGAAGAGAAGCCGGUCACUGGCGAACAACUGGAACAACCUGACAGCGAGUGAAUGAAGAUCACCUUGAAAAGUCGCUUUGCUUGUGGGCAAAGUAUUUAAUUGUUUGCUAUCAGCUGCAGUGGUUAGAGUUAGGUUAGAUUAUAGGCUUAGGUUAUUAUAGCUUCUGAUUAAAAUGAGUUUUUCCGAGGGAAUGGCUGGA